UUUGUUGAGCGGACCCGUGCUCGCUGUGAUUCUUGACUUUUCGUGAAUUAUAAAACUUUUGCUUGUGAUAAUUAGUAUUUACUGUUUAUUAAGUGAAUUAAAAGAAACAAGUGGUUCGCUAGAAGGAUUAAUUCAAAAUAUAAGGGGGCAAUCGAAAUGCGGUGGAACGCAGCAGCAGCAGUAAGAUAGCCAUGGUGAUGCCAUGAUAGCGUGAAAGGGCAUAUAGGCUGUAGCCUCAGGGAUGAACGGGACGGACGUACGUGAAGAAGCUGCUAUAGAGCUCGUGCUUAGCGUAGCCGUCACCGUCAUCUCCGCUAUUGGUCUGCUGCUAAACGUCUACAUUCUCUUCAUCAUCGCUUUAACCAAACAGCCGGUUUCCGCAUCGUCGCUGCUUCUGGUACACCUGGGUGUAGUAGGAGCGUUAGCCAGCGGUGCUGCACUAUGCGGCGGGGGUACGUGCGCCUGCGCAGUAUUAUUGCACGCACUGCAUCCAUUGCAACUUUGGACCGUGUGUGGGUUGCACGCUGACCGAGCUGCUGCUAUUGCUGCACCACUGCAUUAUGCUGCCAUUGUUUCUGCUAAAAAGGCACUAAUAUGUGUGGCAAUUGGCUGGGUAGCUACAGCUACUCUACUAGCUCCGCUAGCAAUAGCUCAGCCUCCGCUGGCGUACAAUGCUGGAUUUGGUAGCUGUGUCCCGGACUGUGGCGCUGGUCCCACUGCACUUGCGUUCUGUCUUAUCUACGCCUUGUUAACCCUUCUCUUACCAACGGCACUUGUCUUAGCGUGCAGUUUAAAGAUACUACGCAUUGCCCGAUAUCAUCGACAUCGUAUAGCUGCUGCGAUAUAUGAAGUGACUCUAUCAGCACAAGUCACUGUAACGCACCAACGUAACCCUUUCUCACCCCCACCCCCGCCACGCAGACGAGCAUUAUCAGCAGUUGUCCAGCCUUUAGGAUCAUUAGCAAUACUGUAUUUUCCAUAUUAUUGUAUGUUAAUUUGGCCGGCUAUAGCUGUUCCUCCUCGGUCUUUAGCAGCCUUGUCAGUUGCACUAUUGGCGGCUGCACCAACCGUGAACAGUAUCCUCUAUGGCAUAAGAAGCCGGGCACUAAAGGAUUCGCUCAGAAAUUAUAGAAGAAAGAGAAUGACGAAAAGCGAAGUAACACAGGAGAUCCAAGCCCGUACACCCAGUGCAUGUGGUUCUAGAAGGCCAUCUCUAUCUGCUGGUUCAGGUUGCAUUCGACCACCUACAACUCGGAGAUUGUCAGACGCAGCGGCCAUGGGUGCUCGUGGUUCCGAAAGACCGGCACCCAGAGCUGCAUCAUGCAAUAUGCUUCAAGAUCCCCAUGACGAUGAAACCCCAAGAUGUAGGACAUCAGCCAUUCCGAUUAUACGUGCGCCUCCCCACGUCGUGUUAGGUAGAGCACUAGGUUUAGAAGAGGGAAUGUAUAGGGAGCGACGUCGACGACAAUCUCCGAGAAUUACCGUCACGAGAGCAAUGUCAGAUGAGUGCGAAUCACCUUCUAGACGCCCUCUUUGUCGUCAACAAUCUCGUUCAAGCGGCGCACUUUUAGGAACCUUGUCAUAUUCACCAGCGCUGUCUGAGGAUGUCAAUCUAGAAAGUACAGAUGAACCACUACUUCUCUCGUGGCCUCAACAGGCCAUACGUAGACACGAUGUUUUAUAGAUGGAUACUUAAUGUUAAAGAAGAGCGCAUAAUAGGGACAAUAAUGUCUGCGAAAUGCCAUAUUCCUAUAACUUACGGGUAUCGGUUGAUUUAUUAAAUGAUGGUUUAAAAGGAAUGGUGUAUGCUUUUGUUCACCUCUGUUGUCACUGUAACGAUGUAGUAGAUUCGAGUAUUUAAAUUUUCGCUGCCAAACUAAGCUAAAUUGUGAAUUUUUAACUCGAAGACGUUCCGGUGAUAGCAGAUCUACAAAAGCGGCUUCAUUCAUGAGUCAUAGAAAGUAUACAUUUUCGUUAAAAUAAGGUAACAUCCAAAUCCAAUUAUGCUCAAACCACAGAAAUGUGGUUUGUUUUUGGAAAAAUAGUCAAAGGCAACACCAUUUGUUUGCAUGUAUUUUUGUUUUUGGGUACAAAACGAAAACGUUAUUUUCUAUGGACUUAUGGAUGCCUUUAGAAUAAUUUUACGCUUUCUACUCUUCUCCCCGACCAAACUGACCAAAGAUGUUUCCUAUCUCUACUAUUUUAUCGUAGGUGUAAUUGUUUAUCUUACAGGGUCCCGCCAUAUCGUUAGCUGUAUUUAAAUAUACUGCGCUUCUCAUAUUCCAUAUACUACAUAUAAUUCAUAUUUGUAAAUAAAAAAUGAAACCUGUAUCUAUAUAUAUACAUAUGUAUAUCUAAUCUCAUGAAAAUACCACUUGUAUCCUUUUAUCCCGGAUUAUCGAGUCAUUGGAAUGCUAUUAAAGAAUCCUAUAUUUCGUUUAUUUGGCGUGUGUCUCUUUCAAUACGUUUAUAUUUCGUCUGUACUUUUGCGGCUCGAACUGUUAUUAUUUCUGUUUCAAUGAGUUAUUUAAUUGAUUUUUUGCGACCUAGGCAUUUAAUUCAUUAAUAAUAAUUGUAAAAUUUUGAGAUUGGCCUUAAAUAAUUUAAAAAGCUUUUGUUACCAUUGACGUCCAAUAUUUGGAUCAUCCCAAUCAUCUAUACUCUAAUCUAACGUUUUAGUUGAAAUCUCAUCCCCUCCAAACAUCUCAGGUUUUAUUUUAAUAUUAAAUAAUUUGAGUAUUUUCAAUCAUUAAUUAGGAGCAAAGAUCCACUUUUUCAUUUCCACCAAUGAAUCGCGUCAUCUUUCAAUACAUUCUUACUUUCUCUAUACUUUUCAAGUCAGGCGUAGAUGAAAAUUCUUAUUUUCAGUACAACGUUAGUUCGUAUGUUUUGAAUAACAUUCCUAAUUAUUAAUAAGUCUAGUCAUAUUAAUAUGCUUUAAAGUGCUUAAUGUAGAAGGAAGCGUUGUUUACUUAGAAUUACGUUCAGUCUGUUUACCAUUAGAACAAUAAGCAGUUUCCUACCUAGUUCACCGACUUUCUUACAGUUUAUUUACUUAACAUUGAUAAUGUAACGCGGGUAUCACCCUAAAAUGCUUUCCUAUUUUCUAAAUAAAUCUAUACUUUUCAUAAUAAAGCAGUAAUAUAUAAUGUCGACGGCGUGUGUCAGGCGUUGAAGGUAUAUCGCAUACUUGAAAGAACAAAUGGUCAUAAAACAGAUACAGAACUUUGAGAUCUUAAAACGGUGUAGCGCCACUGGUCUUUUAUUUAAAAACUACAACCGUUACGUUCAUCUGCAUCACCGUGAUAGCUGGAAGUCUUCCACGGUCCGCUUCACUAGACAUUUUCUUUUGCGUGCUAGGGAACUGUGGAAUCUACUCCCGGUGGGGAACUUCCCUUGGAGAUACGAUCUCCAAUUGUUUAAAAA